CCGUAAUCGUCGAGCAGCUUCGAGUCGAGUAGGCAUUUGGAUGCUUCCGUCGAUUUGGCGCGGUAUACAGCACCUUACUUCCACUCGAGCGUGGUCGCAAACAAGACCCAGGCCACAGAAAUUCUUCUUCGCAACCAUGGCGGCCGCUUCGCAUACCGUGGAUACUACCAACCGGCUGCAGGCUCUACGAGCGCUCAUGGUGCAACCAGAUUACAAUGUUGAUGCCGUCGUGAUCCCAAGCGAAGAUCAGCAUUACAGCGAAUACAGCGCCAAGUGCGACGAACGACGAGCGUUCAUAUCUGGUUUCGAUGGUUCUGCAGGAUGUGCCGUAGUGACAAAAGAGGGCGCGUUCCUCUUCACCGAUGGACGGUAUUUUCUUCAGGCAGAACAACAGUUGGAUAAGAAUUGGACUCUUAUGAAGCAGGGAUUGCCAGACGUACCUACAUGGCAAGAGUUCUUGUCCAAGAAUCUUGAUAAGAACACGAAAAUUGGGAUUGAUCCAAACCUCAUCACUGCCGGCGAUGCCGAUACAAUACAGCAAGCUUUGAAACCGCGCGAGUCGGAGCUCGUGUCUCUCACCCAUAAUCUAGUUGACAAGAUCUGGACGGGCCGCCCUCCGAGGCCGGCCAACAAAGUCUUUCCUCUCGAUGUCAGAUAUUCCGGAGAGCCUUUUCAGGAGAAGAUUGCUAGGUUGCGCGAGGAACUGGUGAAGAAGAACCUGCAAGCCAUGGUCGUGAAUUUGCUCGAUGAAAUCGCCUGGCUUUUCAAUUUGCGAGGUUCUGACAUUGAUUUCAAUCCUGUAUUCUUUGCAUACGCCGUCGUGACAAUGGACAAGGUCGUUCUGUUCAUCAACCCCAAGCAAGUUGACGACACGGUCAGAGCACAUCUCGGCGAAGCGGUAGAGAUACAACCAUAUGAAGACUUCUUGUCCUAUCUCCGAGAGCUUGGUGCCGAAGUUGGCGUUGACAGGCGAUCGCAACUGCUCGUUGGCGACAAAGCGAGCCUCGCAAUUGUGGAAGCAAUCGGGACGGAAAACGUCAUCGUCUCGCGUUCACCUGUCGCAGACCUCAAGUCAAUCAAGAAUGAGACAGAAGUCGAGGGCUUCAGACAAUGUCACAUACGAGACGGUUCCGCGCUCGUGCGAUACUUUGCAUGGCUAGAAGAACAGCUCAACGAUAGCGUUCAAUUGACUGAAAGCCAGGCCGCAGACAAGUUGGAGAAGUAUCGGUCCGAGCUCGAACUCUUCCAAGGACUGUCCUUCACCACGAUAUCGUCAACAGGCCCCAACGGCGCGAUAAUUCAUUACUCACCAGACCCGAAUGAUUGUGCAAUAAUCCGCCAAGAUCAGAUUUAUUUGUGCGACUCAGGAGGUCAGUACUUGGAUGGCACUACAGACGUUACAAGAACAUGGCAUUUCGGCACACCGACGGCGGAAGAACGACGAGCGUUCACCCGAGUGCUGCAAGGCCAUAUAGCGAUUGAUACUGCUAUUUUCCCUAACGGUACUACUGGAUACGUCAUUGACUCUUGGGCGCGGAGACCUCUCUGGGAGGACGGCCUUGACUACCGUCACGGAACAGGGCACGGCGUUGGGCACUUCUUGAAUGUGCAUGAAGGUCCUCAAGGAGUUGGUGUCCGCAUCGCUUACAAUAGCACGCCGCUAAAGUCCGGAAUGACAGUAUCCAACGAACCCGGCUACUAUGCUGAUGGCAAGUUCGGCAUUCGCAUCGAAAAUGUUGUCGUGGUACGCCCUGCGGAGACGCCGAACAAUUUCGGACAAAAGGGCUAUCUGAAGUUCGAACAUCUGACGCUGUGUCCUAUCCAGAAAAAACUGAUCGACGCUUCGUUACUAAGCGCGAAGGAGAGGUCAUGGUUGAACUCGUACCACGCCGAAGUGGAGGGAAAGCUUGCGCCUCUACUGAAGGAAGAUCAGCGGGCCCUGAAGUGGCUGAAGUGGGAAUGUUCGCCGUUAUAGUUCGUGGGUGAAAUAUGCUACUGUAUGUAACCUACAGACAUGCUUGUACACGACGUUCUGGACCACGCAACACCUCUAAGACAGGAUUCCGCGUCGCACAAGACAGUCUUCAUGCCAAGUCAUGGAGAUCCUUUUCACUACCAAUGGCCAAAGAGCUUUUCACUUUAAGUUGUUACGCUGGCCACGUUGGGCGCCUAUGGGGCAUCCAUACGCCGAUGACGACCUAAAGGGAGAAUCUAAAGACCAUGGCUGAAUGACGACAGGGAUGCUCCAUAGACGUUGUUAGUAUCGAGGUACUUCCAAUUGAGAGAGCCAAUAUCAGCGUAGAAGUCGUGGCGUAUAAGAAGG